AUGAUUUUACGUUGGAUUCCAUUCUUCGCCUGUUUAAGUCUAAGUGUCUUAACAGAAGCUUUAAAGCUCCAGAAAUAUUUAGAAUGGAAUAUUCUGGACUUUCAGUUUCCAACCGAUAACGACAGAGUUAAAAAUAUAGUCACUGGAAGAUAUAGGCCGGAAAACGCCUUGCCUGUUGGGAUAGAGAUUUGGAACGAUAAACUGUUCGUCACUGUACCUAGAUGGAAAGCAGGUAUCCCGUCAACAUUGAAUUUUGUACCAUUAUUUUCCACAAUAAAAAAUCCACCUUUGAUUCCGUACCCCAAUUUGGAGGCCAAUGAAUUGGGUAAUUGUGAAAAUGGGUUAAGCACAGUGUACCGAAUUCAUGUUGAUGACUGCGACCGAUUAUGGGUGUUGGAUACCGGCACAUUUGGAAUCGGAAAUACCACACAAAAUCCCUGUCCAUACGCUCUGAACAUUUUUGAUUUGCAAACCAACACUAGAAUUCACAGGUAUCAAUUUCGAACAGAAGACACCAAUAGCAGGACAUUUAUUGCAAAUAUUGCUGUCGAAGUGGGACCAACGUGCGAUGAUGCGUUUGCCUACUUCAGCGAUGAAUUGGGAUAUGGUCUGAUCGCCUACUCUUUGAAAGAAGACACAAGUUGGCGAUUUGAGCACAGUUUCUUCUUUCCAGAUCCACUCAAAGGAGACUUUAACAUAGAUAACCUGAACUUUCAAUGGUACGAUGAAGGAAUAUUUGGAAUGAGUCUAACUCCCGUUUUGGAAAACGGAUUUAGAGUGCUUCAUUUCAGCCCUUUGGCCAGUAACAGGGAGUUCUCUGUAUCCACAGAAAUUCUGCGAAAUUCUUCCAAAACCGAAGACAGUUAUCAUGAUUUUUAUUACUCAGAGGAAAGAGGCCCUGACACUCACACUACCUCGAGACUAAUGACUCGUGAAGGUGUCCAAUUUUUCAACUUAAUCGACCAAAACGCUAUUGGUUGUUGGAAUUACAGAAAACCAUACAAUACCAACAAUAUCGCUAUUGUAGAUCGAAAUGACCAAGAAUUAAUUUUCCCAGCGGAUGUCAAGGUAGAUCGCAACAACUACUUAUGGGUGAUGUCCGAUCGAAUGCCAAAAUUCCUGCUAUCAACCCUCGACUAUACAGAGUCGAACUUUAGAGUCUUUUUUGCGCCAGUUGAGACACUGAUCAAGGGCAGUGUAUGUGAGAUCCAAAGACCGAUAGAAAACAAUCAACAGGCCAUUGGAUUAAAUAAUAUACCAGUACCGAAUUGUAAAUUCAAUCGAUUGUUUUGCAAUAGACAGUCCGAGUAUUUGUCGCUCUUUAAUGAAGAAGUCUUUUCAGCAGGAUAAUGAAAACCUUUUCUCCGCAGUGUUUUUGCAGUUUUUAUAGAAAAGUUAUAAAAUUGCUUCUAAAAUACCUCAAAGUAUAUCCAUGUUAGUAACAAAACAGAUACCUCUUAGUCACCUUGCCGUAAAAAUUAUAUCUACAUAUUAAAGUUUUUAACAUUCACUAUUAAAAUCAACUUUUUUCGUUCCAUAUCUCAUAAUUAGUCAAUUUUCUAUGUACCUAUUUGAUGUCGAAUAAACAGGGUGUUUGGUAAA